UGAAAGCUCUCACAGAGGAGAGACAGGAAUGUGCACAGGAGCGACAACAUCAGCGGCUGAUCGAAGCCACUCUGCGUCCACGAUGCCUUUAUUUCACACCGUGGCUGUCUGGCUGACUCUCAUCCACUACACCAGCGGAACCCCGUGGACGGAGGAAAAGCUGCACCACAGAGCUAUCACGCUAACACAAGAUGAGAUCCGCACCGCCCUGUCUCACACUGAUCUGGAGCAAAUGUGGCAGAGGGACCUGAGACCGCUGCUCGUUACCAGGUAUCCAGGGUCUGCUGGCAGCCAGGCUGUGCAGGAGCAUAUCAAAACAGCCCUGGGUUCGCUCGGAGCAGGGUGGGACGUUGCAGAGGACACGUUUGUGUCACAAACACCAUAUGGCCCUCUGCCCUUCACCAACCUGAUCGCCACCCUGAACCCAUCAGCCAAACGCCGCCUGGUCCUAGCCUGUCACUACGACUCCAAGUACUACCCACCACAAUGGCAUGGGAGAGAGUUUCAAGGAGCCACCGACUCUGCCGUUCCCUGCGCCAUGAUGUUGGAGCUAGCGAGAUCCCUGGAUGAGGAGCUGAAAGCUCAUAAGAACUUCAGUUCCAACCUGACCCUGCAGCUGCUCUUCUUCGAUGGAGAGGAGGCUCUUUUUCAGUGGACCGCCGCAGACUCCCUGUACGGCUCUCGCCACCUUGCCCAGAAGAUGGAGGCCACCGCGCAUCCGCUGGGAGCCACAGACACCAACCAACUGCACGGCAUAGAUCUGUUCGUGUUGUUGGAUCUGAUCGGCGCCGCUGACCCUCGCUUUGGUAACCAGUUUCCGAGCACGACCCCCUGGCUCUCCAGACUUCAGAGCAUCGAAAAGCGUCUUCACUCCAUGAACCAGCUUGUGGAGCAUCCUAACAGCGUUCAGUAUUUCUGGCCAAAUCACCAUGUGGGCCACGUGAUGGAUGAUCACAUACCGUUCCUAAACAGAGGUGUUCGGGUCCUCCACCUCAUCCCCUCGCCCUUUCCGUCUGUGUGGCACACGUUUGACGACAACGAGCAGAACCUGGAUCGCUCCACGAUUCAGAACCUCAAUAAGAUCCUGCAGGUGUUUGUUUUGGAGUACCUCAGCGCCAGACCCGCCGUUCCCUCAGACCCGCAGAGUGCCCCGUAAAGCUCCCGCUGUGGGAAAGAUCUUCAGCUGCUACUUUAAAGCCAGAAAGCACACACUGCAUUUACUCCUAUUUAUGUACGACACACACACACCUACUCCUUAACCUAAUGCCUGAGAUAAGAUGAGUGCCUACUGUAGAGAACAUUUCCAUAGAUGCUAUGUUUAGAAAUAUUGAUGUCAUCUGCUUUCUUAUUUUGAAAGUCUAAAUCGAAGUCUCGUGUGAGUAAAAUGAGACACGACCCAUUAGAGAGGCUAAGGCUUCAUAGCUGCUUCAUUAUCAGGCCCCCAGCAGCCAUCUGAGCACAAAGGAUCUUCAGUGUGUUUCUGCUCUCUUCAGAUCGAUCAAAGGCCCUCAUUGUGCUGCGAGGAUUCAUCUUAGCAACAACACUAACAUCGAGGAUCUGCCUCUAAAAGCAGAAUGAAGAGCAGUGCAGACUUAACGUCAGCUCAUGGUAGCGGGUGUAGAUGAGUCCACUAAGUCCUAAAUUGGUGAUCAUUUCAUUAUGGAUUGCUUUUGGAAUGCUGUAAGCCUCCAUAGUCACACUGCUUAUAGUCAUUUGAUGAUUCAGAAUCCCUAAUUGGGAUAAUGUUGUGUGAGAAAUACAGUAAGACCACCCGCACGGAUGCUACCAAACAUACUGGCAGGAAUAAAUGGCACAUUGUGUGUUUUAGCUACAGAGUGAGUGAAAUUUCCCCUCCCAUAUUAAAUCUGUUCAGUGUUUAGAGAACAAAGCUGUCUGCAGCAGGAAGUGUGCUUAAUUUGUCCUCAAACAACUUCUUCAGCCCUUUCUAUCCUGCCAUCAUAGGUGAAGUGGAGCACUUCCUGUGCCGAUGUUUCAUGUGCCUGUUGUUGUUUAUAUGACAUUAUUAGCCUGGUUUUAAUGUAAAUCCAGAAUAACGCACGCUGCCAAAACUGGACUUCCUGUAUUUUGAAACUGAAAUAAAUGUUGAUUCAGAAAACAAAGCCGGAGGUUUUUUUAAUCAUUUCACAACUUUGUUGGUGUUUUAGGCGCUCCGGAUGUUCGGUGUCACAGGCUGG